UGUGAAUUUGGAGGAAUCUGAGGCAUUGAAAAGUCCACUUUCUCUCUCAUCAUAUCAUCUCCUAGUCCUACUCUCAAGCGCACACAGUUUGACUUCAACUUCUGAACUCAAUCUCCCACUUUCUCUAUAUAUACACUCCACACCCUCCUAAUUAAAACGCGCGCCCAACUAGCCUAUUUCCGCUCCCCUUCAAACGCCGUCGUUUCCACUUCCACUCCCACCAUGUCCCUGCAGGCCUGUCCCGCCGCCCAACUGGCCCAACACCUCGGCCCAAACGCCUCAGACGCCAGCGCCGCCGCGGCCCUCAUCUGCGACCAGUUCACCGCGGUGGGGAACAAGUUCAACGACACGGCCUUCGCCGUCGACAGCACGUACCUCCUCUUCUCGGCCUACCUCGUCUUCUCCAUGCAGCUGGGCUUCGCCAUGCUCUGCGCCGGCUCCGUCCGCGCCAAGAACACCAUGAACAUCAUGCUCACCAACGUCCUCGACGCCGCCGCCGGCGGCAUCUUCUACUACCUCUUCGGCUUCGCCUUCGCCUGGGGCGCCCCCUCCAACGGCUUCAUCGGGAAACACUUCUUCGGCCUCAAAGACGUUCCCACCGAAUCCAUCGACUACAGCAACUUCCUCUACCAGUGGGCCUUCGCCAUCGCCGCCGCCGGCAUCACCAGCGGCUCCAUCGCCGAACGCACGCAGUUCGUGGCGUAUCUCAUUUACUCCUCCUUCCUCACCGGCUUCGUCUACCCCGUCGUGUCGCACUGGUUCUGGUCCGUCGACGGCUGGGCCUCCGCCUUCAAAACCCACAACCUUUUAUUCUCCACCGGCGUCAUCGACUUCGCCGGCUCCGGCGUCGUCCACAUGGUCGGCGGCGUGGCCGGACUCUGGGGAGCGCUGAUCGAAGGGCCGAGAAUCGGGCGGUUCGACCACGCCGGGCGCGCCGUUGCCCUCCGCGGGCACAGCGCCUCCCUUGUCGUCCUCGGGACCUUCAUGCUAUGGUUCGGUUGGUACGGUUUCAACCCUGGCUCCUUCAACAAAAUCCUAGUCACCUACGGUGACUCAGGGAGUUACUACGGUCAGUGGAGCGCGGUUGGGAGAACCGCGGUUACUACUACUCUGGCCGGGUCAACGGCUGCGUUGACUACCUUAUUCGGGAAACGGGUGAUCUCCGGUCACUGGAAUGUGACCGAUGUUUGCAACGGCUUGUUAGGUGGCUUUGCCGCGAUAACAGCCGGUUGUUCGGUUGUGGAGCCGUGGGCGGCGAUCGUGUGCGGGUUUAUUGCCUCGGUGGUGCUGAUCGCGUGCAACAGACUCGCGGAGAAGGUGGGAUUCGACGACCCGUUGGAGGCGGCGCAGUUGCACGGAGGGUGCGGCGCGUGGGGGGUUAUAUUCACGGCGCUGUUCGCUAAAAAGGAGUAUGUGUACGAGGUUUACGGUGGAGAGAGUGGGAGGCCGCACGGGCUGUUCAUGGGGGGAGGAGGGAAGUUGUUGGGGGCGCACGUGAUUCAGAUUUUGGUUAUUGUUGGAUGGGUGAGUGCCACCAUGGGCCCUUUGUUUUGGGCCUUGAAUAAGAUGAAGCUGUUGAGGAUCUCCGCCGAGGAUGAGCUGGCGGGAAUGGAUCUCACGCGCCAUGGAGGCUUCGCUUAUGCUUAUGAGGAUGACGACACGCAUAGGCACGGGAUUCAGUUGAGGAAGGUUGAGCCCAAUGCUUCUUCCACGCCCACCACCGAAUGACCUUUUUCUUUUUUUUUGGAUGCUGGAAGUCAAAGAUUCUGUUGGCCGAUGGUGGGGGUGGUUGUUGACCUCUCAACUUGUAUAAAUAUUUUUAUUUUAUUAUAUUGAUGGGAUUUGUUUUCGUAGUGAGAGGAAUCAACAAGAAUCGUGGUAAAAGAGUGUUUGUUUCUAAUUUCUAUUUCUCUUUAAUUUAUGUUUACUAAUACGAGGAUGAGGAGGAGACACAGGGACACGGGACUUUAGUCAUGUAUGAAACGAAUGCGUCUAAGACUCCCACCGCUGAGGGCGAUGUUAAAUUUUGAAUUUGUGUGUGGUAGAUUUUUCUUGGUAGGAGAUUGAAAUUUUCAUUGGUGGGAACUCAAGAGAAUGUGGGGGUUGCUGUAGACCAGGCAUGAGCGUUCUGGACAUCACAACUGGCUGGGAAGAUAUUUUAUUUUGUGGGAUCUAUUUUAGUAUUUUUCCUCUGAAAACAAUUGAAGAAUCCUGCAGCAGCAUAUCUACGUUAUAAAAAAAUAUAUCUUUUCUAUAUUCUCAUUUUUAAUAAUCAUUAAGAUAUAAAUUUAUUGGUCAAGAUGACCACCGCAGAGGCACGCGCGACUACUGCAGAGGAAAUUGUGUGUUGCGUGUAAGAGUGGAUAGUACUCAUGGGUGUAAUUUCUGUGUGUCAUGAUUUCUGGGUGUAAUUUCUGCUCGGUCCGCACCACCCUAGAUGGGUGAUGAUACUUUUGUAUUAUUAAUACUGGUGGAAAAGAAAGGCCGUACCUAUCAUAAUUGCUUUUCAAUAUACACUGGAUUAGUGAAAUAGUGUAUCUAAUCGAGAGUUUUAAAAAUGAAACAUCUUUGCAUUA